AUGGAGAAGCAGAGAGAGGCAUUUUCAUUGGCCACUCCGCAUCAGCGCCGGGUCCCCCUCGCCGAGUUCACCAACCUCCCAUCUGGCUGGGAAUUUGGAGACACGCCAACUGUGUGGCUUGACAGGCUGCAAGAAAGCAAAGCUUUUAUUAUAAGGAUCAAACCUUUGGCGCCGCGUCCGGUCAAGCUCAGAGAGGACGAGACUUUCCAAGAAUUUAGUCGGCCGCACAGGAGCAACUCCAAGGAGCAGCUCAGCGAGAGCUCCGCUCACUCUCUGUCGGGCCGCGGCUACUCGGUGCAGCCAGCAGCAGUGGCCCUCCACAAGUGUGACAGCGAAAGUGACAUUGACGACAAGGUAUCUGAUGUAGGAUCAGAGAAGCUCUUUUCCCCUACCGCACCCAAAGGUGUGCCAGCGAAUGAGAGCUCCGUGUCGAAGACUUGUGGCUCCGCCAAAGUGUCAGGACUCCAGCGCAGCCAGGAGCAGAGCAACACUGAGGUGCCCUUCGCACCGCCCGUGCCCAGCCCCACCCCGGCUUCGGCACCGACGGGCUCCCCGGCGCUCGCAGCGGCGGCAGCCCCCCCUGAGCCUCGCGGCUCUCGCCUUCCCACCCCACCGCCCCUCAGCGUCAAGAAGGAGCAGCAGCCUCCGCCCCCUGUCCCGACCCCGCCCCUGCUGAAGGCGCCACCCCACGCCCCGCCUCACCUCCCUCACCCGCACUCACACCCGGAGCCCCGUGUGCUCCCGCCCCCGCCUCACCACGCCCGGCCAGUGAUCAGCCACCAGGUGCACCACCCUCUGCAGUACAACAGCCUCCACGACAUCAGCCACAGCAGCAGUCCACUGGGUCUCGCCAAGCAGCACUUGCCCCCGUCCCCUCACCACCACCUCAGCGGGCUCCCGUCCUCAGCCCCUGCCUUGCCUUUGUCCAUAGCAAACCUCUCUACCUCGCACUAUUCCUCCCUACGGAGUCCAGCCCAUCGCCAUUCGGCCAUGUUUGCAACCCCAGCCACACUGCCGCCACCGCCGACCUUACCGACCAACAGUUUAGUGGUGCCUGGACACCCCGCUGGCACCCCCUACCCAGAGCAUGACCUCCUGAGGCAGGAGCUGAACAACCGCUUCCUGGUUCAGAGUUCGGAGCGGGGCCGGGGGCCGUCCGCUUCGCCGCUGGCCCCCGUGUCGCUCCUGAGGGCCGAGUUUCACCAACACCAGCACAUGCACCAGCACCAACACACCCAUCAGCACACCUUCACGCCCUUCCCCGCCAGUCUGCCCCCGGCCGCCAUCCUCACCCCGCCCACCGCACCCCCCAUGGUGCGUACCCAAGCCAGAAAUUUCGACAAAUACACCCCCAAACUGGACAAUCCGUUCAUCAGACAUUCAAAUUUCUUCCCCUCCUAUCCCCCGACCAUGCCAGGCAUGCCCCCGCUGCUCCCGCACUCAGGACCCUUCAGCUCGCUGCAAGGAGCCUUCCAGCCUAAGGCUUCUAAUCCCAUUGACGUAGCAGCGCGUCCUGGAGCCGUUCCUCACACACUUCUACAGAAGGAUCCCCGGAUGAGUGAUCCAUUCAGGACAUCUGUUAGGAAACCUGGCAAGUGGUGCGCGGUACAUGUCCAGAUUGCAUGGCAGAUCUACCACCACCAGCAGAAAAUGAAGCAGAUGCAGCUCGACCCCCACAAGCUGGACAUGAACGGGAAGCUGGACCUGUUCAGUCGACCUCCGGCCCCAGGAGUCUUCCCUGGGUUCCCCUAUCCCCACGACCUGGCACGACCCCUUUUCCCCUCCACAGGCUCUGCACACCCAGCACCCUCCCCGUACGGCCCCGCCCCCCACCCCAGUGGCUUCCUGCCUCCGAGCCAUUUGGCAGAUCCUUUCAGUCGCUCCAGUUCCUUUGGCGGCCUCGGCAACCUUUCAACCAGUGCCUUCGGAGGAUUAGGCAACCCCUCGCUUGGGUCCAAUAGUGUGUUUGGUUCCAAGGAGGGGCCAGGAGGACUGCCCACUUUUGGCAGCCCCCACCACGACACCUGGAACAGGCUGCGACGCACACCGCCAUCUUUCCCCACCCCGCCGCAGUGGCCCAAAACCGGAGAGGCUGAGCGAAGCAGUUCCGCCAACAGCCAUGACCGAGAACGAGACAGAGAGCGAGAGCGAGAACGGGACAGAGAGAAAAGAGACUCGUCCAUCGGGAAAGAGGAGAAGGAUAAGGACAGGGACUCCGUGGAUCGCAACCGCCACUCUAACCGCUCCUCUCCUGCCUCGGCACCAGUCAGCUACCAGAUCAGCAGUCUGAUUCGCUCAAACAGUCAGAACUCUAGCGAUUCAGGUCGACAUCACAGCGGCAGUGUAGACCGCGUCCGGGAGGCGGAGAAAGAGCUGCUAGAGCGCCAGAGGGAGUCAUCUCUAGCCGACAUAAAGGUAAAGGAGAGCCGCUCGCCGGGGAAGGAGAUGCUGGAGAGGCGGACCUCAGAGGACUCCAUCAAACCCACGCAGCGUACGCCUUCGCCCUACUCCAAGGCCAUGAUCAAUGAGCAAAGCAUGAAGCUAGCCGGUGGGCUCCCGUCUGCGAUCAAGGACAUAGAGAGAAAGGAGCCUCCGUCUGCAGAGCUCCUCCACAAAGUGAAAAAUGACAUGAAGAUUAAGGAGGAGAGAAAGGAGGAGCAAGAGGUCAUGGUGGUGAGUUCAGAGCCAGCGCCCCAACCUGCAGUACAGAUCCUCCCUGUACCUGUCAGCCAACCAGGAAACCCUCACCACCACCACCCACCGUUGUCACAGCAGCCUCCUCUUCCCUCGCCCCGUGGUAGUGACAUCCCGACACCGGGCCUACACGGUGUCCCCAUGUCACACUCUCUUCCUCUAUCCAUGAGUGCCAUGCCUCAGAUGGGCAGCCUCAACGUACUGGACAGAGCCCGUAUGGCUCCCUUCAUGGGGGUGAGCCCGCUGGCAGGACGGGAGCGCGUGCCACACACCGCCUUCCCCUGGGACCCGCUUCGAGAGGCCUACCGCAGCCUGGACCUGCAGCGGCGCAUGGACUUCCAGCUCAGGGCCGAGCAAGGACACCGCUUCCCCAGCGUGUACGAGCAGGAGCGCGCCUACCGCGAACGGGAGGCUCACGACUAUUCUCACCACGAGCACCUCCUGGAGGUGCGCAGGGAGCACGAGAGGAUGCGACAACAGGCGGAGGAACGAGAGCGCCUCCACCUGAGGGAGGAGCUUGACAGGGCCCGCCUCCAUCAGCUACACCAGUCGCCGAUGGAGGGCCAUCUACCCCACAUGCCCCCCUUUAUGCCACACUUAGGAGGCAUGCCAUACCCAAGACUUAGCCCCUCUACAGGACACAACGGUCCUCUGAACAGAACGCCCCCUACCGCCGCGUUAAGCGCGCCCCCGCCUCUUGUGCCAGCUGGCAGUGCCCGGCCAGCCUCACCCAGGAGGACUACCCCCCUCACCACCACCCAGGACCCGAGGGACUAUUCCCCGUCUAGCAACCCCAAAGAAGUAGAGGCUCGGUAGUUUCUGGAAACUCGGCAAGCCUCGCUUCUGUUUUGUGGAAUACCAUGAUCAAAGAUGCACUGCUCCUUUACCAGAGAGGAGCGAACCUCCCCAAGGGAAAGGGUAUGAUUGUACAAAGUAAAGGUGUGUAAGGCUAAUUAAGCACAUGCCAUGGCUAUUUUUAGUGGACUGGAUGUUCAAUAAUGUCGGUAAAGAUGACACAAACGUGUGGAUGUUUAUUUCCGACUUAAAUAUUUGAUAAUUAUUAAUAUAUUAAUCCAAUACCUUAUUUCUGCUUUGUGCCGAAAGGAAAGGUCCUAAAUAAGUUUGUACAUUUCCUAUCUUUGUUCCAUGUAUAGAUAUGAUUUCUAUGAAUUUUAUGUACUUUGUGCAUUAGUCUUGCCUUUUACAAUAUUUAUCCCAGUCUAUUGUGAGACAUAUCCUUUAUGAUAAUGUAAAGACUUGAUUUUGGAUUCAACCAUCAGUAAUUUAACCUCAUGGUACCUGGAUAUCCUCAAUGAUGACAAUGUACAUUGCUACAUUAUCAAUUUAUUUUGUUUAUUUGGUUUGCCUUUGAGAUAUGCAGAUAAAUAUAUAAAUAUAUAUAUAAAUAUAUAUAAUUAUAUAUAAUGUUUGUUCAAUCUCUGUAAAGAAAACUGAUGUAAAUAACCUGUUAAUAUUCUUUGCUGCAAGAUUGCGUUGUAAAUUUAUUAGUCUUUUUAACCAUUUCUAGAAAAACAAAAUUAAACGAAACAACGUGGAAUCACCUGCCUGUUGAAAAUCAUGGUGUCAAACAGCCAGCCAACGGAUGGAAGUCACAAAGGGAGGGUGUUGUACGGAAGCCUAGAUGGAUCGUCUGCAAUCUAUGCAAAGCAGCACACAACACCCUAACAAAACGAAAUCUACUGGAACAAACUGACAAUACUGGAGAAGCUGAGAGAAACUUGGAUUUAGCACAUGUUCAUAUGUACCAAUGAAAAUCAUCUGGAUUAUUCAAAGACUUCCAAGACAGAAACUGGACCAGCUCCAAACAGAAAACGGACACUGUUGGGUGGACAUCAGAAGGACUUUAUCUGUCAACCUUGUGGUGUUGUGCAGUUGUUUUUCUUAGACUCUUGUAUACAAAAACAGUAGAGUUUUAGGCGUGGAAAAAAAAAAAGAAAAAUGAACAUUCAUGGUUUAAAAUGUACGGAAUAAAGUUUGGACCUAAUGUCAAACA